AUGAGCACCAUCGUCGUAGCAGCGAGCAAGGUUGUGCCCUACGGAAGCACUUGUCUGAAGUUCGAGAAGUUGAAGCCCAAGGAUAAAGCCUACAUCAAUACCCACAGCCGAGAUGAAGGUUACGACCAAUCCGCCGAAAAGGGCACCGAGACUGGGAACAACCCUGUCGCCCAUCCGAGGACUUGCCUGAUGUUGGACUCGAAUUGGCCGAACGCUGGCGGCAAAUUCAAGAGACGAACCUUUGUCGACGGUGCCUAUCGGGACACGGCAAAUGGCCAUGCAAAGCAACGGUUUGCGGAUUUGAGGGGUGCGAAGGACGCCAUCACAAGCUACUACAUCCUGGAAAUCCACAUUCACCGGAGCGGACGGUCUACGCUGUUUCGCGUUUUGCCGAUUAUGCUGCACGGACCGGAAACAUCUGUUGAAGCUCUAGCGUUUCUCGACGAUGGCUCGGGCUUGACACUCGUUGAAGCAGACUUGGUGAGGCAACUGGGGAUCACCGGCGAAACCAACCCGCUGUGUCUACAGUGGACAAGCAACAUAACGAGAUCGGAAGCGGAUUCGCAACGGGUUGACCUGAACAUCUCAAACGCCAGCGGAAAGAAGUUCAAACUGGAAGGCGCUCAAACCGUGUCCAGUCUCAACCUUCCUCGUCAAUCACUGGACUUCAAAGGAAUGGCCAAAAAGUACCCACAUCUCCAAAAUCUGCCAGUAAAAAGCUACCAGAAUGAACUUCCACGCGUUCUGAUCGAACUGUACGCGAACGUGAAGCAACAGAUCAUCGACUAUCAGACGAAAGGGUAUGCCCACAAAGCAACGGAGGAUGAACUAAGUUCGGCAGACCCUCGGCGAGUCUGGUAUCUGCCCUUAGGAGUGGUCCUCAACCCGAAUAAGCCAGGAAAAGUUCGUUUGGUUUGGGACGCCGCCGCCAAAUUCCAGUUCGCCGUAACGGCGGACAUUAAAGAGAUGUUCCACCAGGUUUUGAUCCGUCCGCAAGAUCGAUCGGCUCAGAGAUUCCUUUUCCGUGACGAUCCCGCAAAGCCGAUGGAUACGUAUGUAAUGGACGUGGCGACUUUCGGAGCAACGUGCUCACCAAGCUCAGUGCAGUACGUCAAAAAUCUAAACGCCGAGGAGUGGAGUCUGGAAUAUCCGGAAGCUGCAAAAGCCAUCACCGACGGCCACUAUAUGGACGAUUAUCUGGACAGCCUGCACACCGAGAAUGAAACCGUUCAACUCGCACAAGAAGUAAAAGCGCUACACGCCAAGGCUGGGUUUGAACUUCGAAACUGGCUCUCAAACUCAGAGGCGGUUCUUCGACGGGUCGGGGAACCCGGUACGCAGAUGCCAAAAAACUUUUUUGAUGACAAGGUAAACGGCAGCGAAAGAGUGUUGGGAAUGAUCUGGGUGCCAAGAGAAGACGUUUUCACCUUUAAGGGCAAGUUCCAAGGCGCACUCCUACCUCUGAUCAGCGGCCAAGUCGUCCCCACCAAACGAGAGGCGCUACGACUGGUGAUGAGCAUUUUCGAUCCCCACGGCCUCGUGGCAAAUGUUGUUGUCCAUGGAAAAGUCUUGCUACAAGAUAUGUGGAGAGAAAAAAUCGGCUGGGACGAAAAGAUUUCCUCGGAACUGUUCGAUAAAUGGCAACGGUGGGUCAAAGAGGUUCGUAAUCUUGACAAGGUCAAGAUCCCCAGGUGCUACUUUUCGGGCUACUCUGCUAAAAGCUUGAAAACACUUGAAAUGCACACCUUCGUCGAUGCCAGCGAGACAGCCUGCGCCGCCACCGUCUAUUUUCGGAUCGUUGACCGUGGCCAGGUGCGUUGUAUUCUGGUGGCCGCAAAGACCAAAGUGGCACCCCUGAAAGCCCUCACAGUACCCCGUCUGGAGAUACAAGCUGGUGUUCUUGGGACAAGGUUGAUGAGAGCAGUGGAGGAGCACCACUCCUUGAACAUUCGCAGUCGUACCAUUCACACUGACUCGUCUACUGCGCUCUCCUGGAUACAAUCAGACCAACGAAGAUACUCGCGUUUCGUCGCGUUUCGGGUUAGCGAGAUUCUCAACGACAGCGAGAUAAGUGAAUGGCGAUGGGUUCCUUCUCGCAUGAAUGUAGCAGAUGACGCGACAAAAUGGGGAACUGGACCGAACCUCAGCAGCAACGGCAGGUGGUUCCGCGGCCCAGCAUUCCUGUAUGAAGCAGAGGCGGAUUGGCCAUGCGCACCGCUUCCUCCUCCUAACACCCAAGAAGAACAACGCGCCAGCUUCCUGCAUCAUCGGGUGUCGUUGGGACCAAUGAUCAAGUACGAAAGGUUCUCCGACUGGCGGAAACUGCUCAAGGCGAUGGCGUACGUUUUACGAUUCGUGAAAAGGUGCAGAACGAAAUGUGUGGUGGAGAACCGCGGUAUCGUUUCCCGAGAAGAACUUCAACAAGCUGAAUUAGUUGUCCUGAAAGCGGUCCAGUUGGAAGUAUAUCCCGACGAAGUCGUCACCCUGGAGCGCGACGAUCCGAACUUGCAAGUGGAGAAAAGCAGUCAAAUCUGGAAGCUGACACCUUUCAUCGAUGAGUUCGGCCUGUUGAGAAUGGAUGGACGCGUUGGAGCUGCUUCGGUACCCUACGAUGCGAAAUACCCGAUCAUCCUGCCAAAAUCACAUCACGUCACGGAGCUGUUACUGACACGAUAUCACCAACGAUUCGGCCACGGAAAUGGGGAAACCGUUGUCAAUGAAGUCCGGCAGAAAUUCUGCAUCUCAAAUCUACGUAGCAUGGUUCAAAAGACGGCAAGAAAGUGUCAGUGGUGCAAAGUGUACAAGGCAUCCCCAUCGGCACCUCGCAUGGCUCCUCUACCAGUGGCUCGACUAACCUCUCACGUCCGCCCUUUCACAUUUGCUGGCGUCGAUCUUUGCGGACCCUUCCUAAUUCGACACGGCCGUAGUUUGGUGAAGCGAUGGGUCAUGCUAUUUACUUGUCUGACUGUGCGAGCCAUUCACCUGGAAAUAGUGUACACUUUGUCCGCCGAGUCGUGCAAGCUGGGUUUCCGACGGUUCAUCGCCCUACGGGGUUCCCCUCAAGAAAUAUACAGCGAUUGCGGAACUAACUUUCAAGGACUGAGCAAUGAACUGAAGGCGGAAAUUGCAGCGAUCGAUCAAGAACUUGCGACAACAUUUACGAACACCAAAACGAAGUGGCACUUCAACCCCCCAGCAGCGCCCCAUAUGGGUGGCGUGUGGGAACGCAUGGUGCGUUCGGUAAAGACGGCUUUGUCCACUAUUUCUACUUGCAGGAACCCAGAUGGCGAAACAUUCGAGACGUUUCUAGCGGAGGCGAUGGCCAUCGUCAAUUCCAGGCCGUUGACACACGUUCCGCUUCAAGCUGUUGACGAAGAGGCCUUAACCCCCAACCACUUUUUGAUGCUCAGCUCGACCGGCGUUUCGCAACCAACUCAACCAACCACAGAUUUACAAUCGUCAUUGAGGUCAAACUGGAAUCAUCUUCAGUUCCUGCUGGACCACUACUGGGCGAGAUGGAUCAAGGAAUAUCUCCCGGCUAUCAACCAACGUCGAAAGUGGUUUGCUGAGUCGAGACCGAUAUCCGUUGGAGACUUGGUCAUGGUCGUGAACGAAGGAAUCCGUAACAGCUGGACCAGAGGAAGGGUGGUGGCAGUGCUUCCUGGAAAAGACGGUAGGAUUCGCAGCGCGAGAGUUCAGACAUCGGCUGGAGUGCUGACACGCCCGGUGGUUCGAUUGGCAUUGCUCGAGGUACGAAAUGGAGGUACAGCUGGACCAGGUGACCAGCAAUACGGGUCGGGGAUUGUUGCUGAAGCAGAUGACCAUACGAGCAAGCCCCCCGGUGAGCUAGAUCUUUCGUUGAUCUCUCCCCCGGGCCAGAACGUGUCAGCGCUGAUGACACAACCGAAGAAAGGAGAAACUGUCAAGAAUUAG